AUGUCCAUACGGGCGGGCCGCCUGAUACGGGCCCGCUUCGUCAUCGACGUGAAGGACUGCGGCCUGGGCAGCGUGCGGUACCUCCCCAGCCUGAGAGAGGCCACGAGAAUCGGACAGCUAUACUUUCCCGACGUGACUGCCUCCGUGACGGUGGUUCGAGCGCCACCAGUGGUGGGAUUUGUCUACAGCUUGGUCAAGGCAUUCAUGCCGAUUGACAUGCAGAUGAAGAUCAGCAUUCUGGGCGACGACUUCGAGGAGGGGCUGAAGGCACAGUCUGGGCUCGACAUGUCGCACUUGCCAGUCUACAUUGGUGGCAAGUUGGAUCUGACGUAG